AUGUUGACUUCAGUGACUUUUUGCGUGUUUAACCUUUUCAUGUCUUUCUGUUUUGUGAAAGUCGCUAACACAAAGCAGCCACACAUUUUAUUUGUUUUAGCAGAUGAUUACGGAUACAAUGAUAUAGGGUACCAUGGAUCGGAAAUCAAAACACCAAACCUGGACAAGUUGUCAGCAGAAGGCGUCCGACUGGAGAAUUACUAUGUACAACCGAUCUGUACACCUACCAGGAGUCAGCUCAUGUCUGGGAGAUACCAGAUUCACACUGGCUUGCAGCAUGGGAUCAUCUGGCCUCCUCAGCCCAAUGCCUUACCAAGAGACAGUCCCAUUCUGCCAGAAAAGUUGCGGGAGGCUGGGUACUCCACACACGCUGUGGGGAAAUGGCACUUAGGUUUCUACAAGGAGGAGUACCUUCCAAACAACAGAGGCUUCGACACAUUCUUUGGUUAUCUGACUGGGAGUGAGGACUAUUACAAGAAAACAAACUGUUUCAGUACAAACUUUUGCGGGAAAGAUUUACGAGAUAAUUUCAAGCCCAUUUUGCCGAAUUCCAGUGAAUAUUCCACAGAGAUGUACAGCAAGCGUGUGAUAGAUUUAGUCAACAAUUACAACUCCUCCAAACCAAUGUUUCUCUACCUGGCAUUUCAAGCUGUUCAUGGACCUUUAGAAGUCCCCUCUCGGUACAAAAACAAGUAUGCUUUUAUCAAAGAUAAAAAAAGACAAACAUAUGCAGGAAUGGUGGACGCGUUGGACGAAGCGGUAGGAAAGGUAACAGCAGCAUUCCAAGCCAAAGGGAUUUGGGACGAUACCAUUAUGAUCUUCUCCACUGACAAUGGUGGACAGAUAUUAAAAGGUGGUAAUAAUUGGCCUCUGAGAGGCUGGAAGGGAUCACUUUGGGAGGGAGGAAUACACGGCGUUGGAUUUGUACAUGGAAAAGCCCUACAGAAAAAAGGAACCAUAUCCUCUGAACUUAUACAUGUAACAGACUGGUACCCAACAUUGAUAGGGCUAGCAGGAGGCUCUCUAAACGGCACCAAACCCCUGGAUGGAUUCGACCAAUGGAAAACAAUCAGUGAAGAUGCUAAAAGUCCCAGAGAAAUACUGCUACACAACAUUGAUCCUCUGACCAAACCCGUUGGAGUCAAACUAAAGGAGAGUCCCUUUGACAAUCGCUACAGGGCCGCUCUCAGGUGGAGAGACUGGAAAGUGAUAACCGGUAGUCCAGGCAAUGGAAGCUGGAUACCAGAGCCAACUAGAGAGAAUACCAGCAUGGAUAUAGACUCUAGUAAACCAGAACAGAAUAUAUGGCUGUUUAAUAUUGCCAAGGAUCCCGUGGAAAGAGUGGAUUUGUCAGCAUACUAUCCUGAUAUGGUGAUGAAAAUGCUGACGAUGUUACAGCAGCUGAAUGUGACAGCUGUUCCGUGUGCCUAUCCUCUUGCUGACCCGAAUUCCAACCCUAAGCUCCAUGGGGGUUGGUGGGGACCCUGGGAAAUGUAA